AUGUACCAGAGCCUGGCCAUGGCCGCCAACCACGGCCCCCCUCCGGGCCCCUACGAGGCGGGCGGCCCGGGCGCCUUCAUGCACGGCGCAGGCGCCGCGUCCUCGCCGGUCUACGUGCCCACGCCGCGGGUGCCCUCCUCCGUGCUCGGCCUGUCCUACCUCCAGGGCGGAGGCGGGGGCACCGUGUCCGGGGCCGCCUCGGGCGGCAGCUCAGGGGCCGCGCCGUCGGGCGCAGGGCCCGGGACCCAGCAGGGCAGCCCGGGCUGGAGCCAGGCGGGAGCCGAGGGAGCCGCCUACACCCCGCCGCCAGUGUCGCCGCGCUUCUCCUUCCCGGGCACCACCGGGUCCCUGGCCGCUGCCGCCGCCGCCGCUGCGGCCCGGGAAGCCGCGGCCUACAGCAGUGGCGGCGGGGCGGCGGGUGCCGGCCUGGCGGGCCGCGAGCAGUACGGGCGAGCCGGCUUCGCGGGCUCCUACUCCAGCCCCUACCCCGCCUACAUGGCCGACGUGGGCGCGUCCUGGGCCGCGGCCGCCGCGGCCUCCGCCGGUCCCUUCGACAGCCCGGUUCUGCACAGCCUGCCCGGCCGGGCCAACCCUGCAACCCGACACCCCAAUCUCGUAGAUAUGUUUGACGACUUCUCGGAAGGCAGAGAGUGUGUCAACUGCGGGGCCAUGUCCACCCCGCUGUGGCGGCGGGAUGGGACGGGACACUACCUGUGCAACGCCUGCGGCCUCUACCACAAGAUGAACGGCAUCAACCGGCCCCUCAUCAAGCCCCAGCGCCGCCUGUCCGCCUCCCGCCGAGUGGGCCUCUCCUGCGCGAACUGCCAGACUACCACCACCACUCUGUGGCGCCGCAACGCCGAGGGCGAGCCCGUGUGCAACGCCUGCGGCCUCUACAUGAAGCUCCACGGCGUCCCCAGGCCUCUUGCGAUGCGGAAAGAGGGGAUUCAAACCAGAAAACGGAAGCCCAAGAACCUUAACAAAUCGAAGACACCAGCAGGUCCCUCGGGCAGUGAGAGCCUCCCUCCCACCACCAGCGCUUCCAGCAGCAGCGCGGAAGAGAUGCGUCCCAUCAAGACAGAGCCUGGGCUCUCAUCCCAUUAUGGGCACGGCAGCUCCCUGUCGCAGACGUUCUCGGUCAGCGCGAUGUCCGGCCACGGGUCCUCCAUCCACCCAGUCCUCUCGGCCCUGAAGCUCUCUCCGCAAGGUUAUGCGUCUUCUGUCAACCAGUCACCGCAGGCCAGCUCCAAGCAGGACCCUUGGAACAGCCUGGCCUUGGCUGACAGUCACGGGGACAUAAUCACUGCAUAA